AUGAUCUGCGAGAAGUGCUCCCUCGCGUUGCAGGGCGAUUUUGACUACGGAAGUCCGCACCAUGAAGACGCCGCGUCGCUAAUGCAAGGGGUCGAAAGUGGUUGCGCUAUUUGCACCUGCUUCUACCACGCUCUCGACACGCUGCUUCAUUUGCAAAAGCUACGAUAUCCCCUGGGUCCUGGUUCUGAUACCGUAGUGCCUUUGCGCGAAGAGUAUCUCAUCUACGAGGACGUCAAAUUCGACUCGAACUGGCUCAACGGAUGCGACGGCACGCACCAAAAGUGCAGCCACAAUAACCAACCCACAGUCUAUCCGACGGGUCUCCUUGAGCUAGGCGAGUCCAAGGGCCUCAAUCCCGGCUUUAUACGUCUCGAGGCUGCGAGUCUGACCAACUUUCGUCAGGCCGGGAUCCAGCAUUCCGACCUUCCCAGGGCCUUCGUCGAGUCCGGCCCCGGGAGCACCCAAGACUGGCGUUCCGAGUCGGCCAAGAUGCACGACGUCUAUUCCAACCGCAACCUCAACGUCUCGCUGUCCGGGGCUGCCAAUCCAAACUAG